GUUACUAAUAAAGUUCAUUGACAGCGACCACCUCGACUUCCGGACUGCAAUCCCCACAACUCCCCGCGUUAUGACCUCACAUCCGGUGGGUCCGACUGUCACCUCGGAAACCCCCUUUGGCUGGUGAGCUGUGGCCCCGAGGGGAGGCGCCGCUAGGAACCAUGUCUGCCUUGGAAAAGCAUCUCCACAUGGGGGGGUUACCACCACGACCCACAAUGCCCGGGGGGCUUCAGUCUGGAUCUAAAAUGAGGAUGGGGCCAGGCAGGAAGCGGGACUUCUCCCCUGUACCUUGGAGUCAGUACUUCGAAUCCAUGGAAGAUGUUGUGGUGGAAAGCGAAACAGGCAAAGCCAGCUUUCGUGUUUACAGGAGCGGCUCUGAGGGGCCAGUGUUGCUUUUAUUGCACGGAGGUGGUCACUCUGCACUUUCCUGGGCUGUGUUUACUACUGCAAUAACCAGCAGAAUACGCUGCCGAGUGCUGGCAAUAGAUCAGAGGGGCCAUGGUGAAACAAAAGUAAGGAAUCCAGAGGAGCUCUCUGCAGAGACAAUGGCCAGGGACAUUGGGAAUGUUGUGGAAGCCUUAUAUGGAGACUUGCCUCCUCCCAUCAUGCUUAUCGGUCACAGUAUGGGCGGAGCUAUAGCAGUUCAUACUGCGGCUGCAAACCUGGUGCCGAGCUUAUUGGGCCUGUGUGUGAUUGACGUUGUUGAAGGCACCGCCAUGGACGCACUAAACAGUAUGCAGAACUUCUUAAGGAGCCGCCCAAAAACAUUCAAAUCUUUGGAAAAUGCUAUUGAAUGGAGUGUAAAAAGUGGCCAAAUCAGGAACCUGGAGUCAGCACGAGUUUCAAUGGCUGGCCAGAUCAAACAGUGUGAAGAGGCAACAACUCCUGAGGGGCCCAAAGCUAUAGUAGAAGGCAUCAUUGAAGAAGAAGAGGAGGACGAGGAGGAAAAUGGUGGUCAGUCUAUCAACAAGAGGAAGAAGGAGGAUGAUACAGACACCAAGAAAGAGCGGCCGUACACCUGGAGGAUUGAGCUCUCGAAAACAGAGAAGUACUGGGAGGGAUGGUUUAGAGGCCUCUCCAACCUUUUCCUCAGCUGUGCAAUUCCCAAGCAGUUGUUGCUAGCAGGUGUCGAUCGACUGGACAAAGACCUGACAAUAGGACAGAUGCAAGGAAAAUUUCAGAUGCAGGUACUUCCCCAGUGUGGACAUGCUGUGCAUGAAGAUGCCCCAGACAAGGUCGCAGAAGCAGUCGCCACAUUCUUGUUGCGUCACAGGUUUACAGAAUCAGUUGGUGGAUUCCAUUGUGUGUUCCCCGCCUGUUAGUAUCCUGCUGCCUGCGGCCAAUGGACCUGCAAAUAGUCUGAAACCAGAAGUAACUGAUGAUCCAACUUCUCACCAUGAGCCUGGUACAAAAGUGGAAAUGGGGGUUUUUAUCCGGAGGCAGCCCCAACCAAUGAGAAAGCAGCCCCCAGUCCGGCAGUUUGCUCCUUCCUGAGACCCUCUCUGUGCAUUAAUCACAUGCUCAUCCCUCACUGGCCCCUCCAAUAAUCAUCUCCUCAUCUCCAACCUUCUCCUUAAGAUAUCAUUGGGGGGAUCCUUUCAAAUCCGGCAGGUUGAGAAAGCGCCAGUCACCAUGUUUGUCCCAAUCACAGCGCUCCGUCAGCACAGGCUUUGCCGUUAGGGUUUAGGGGGGGUCUGGAUGGUUCAUUCUGGGGUUGGGAGGGGGACAGUAGGGGGCAGGAUAAUCUCAUCAUUGCUUAUUCAAUACAGAUUGGAAUCAAGCUAUUCAGGAAGGAAGGGGAGACCUUGCAUUACCAUAAGUUAUUAAUGGAUUCAUCUCGUUUCCUUGCCUAUAGCUUUCCAAUGAGAAUCAGCUGAAACAUUCCAUGAUCUUUCAUUUGCUUUCUGCAAUCCCUGCAGAGUUACAAGCCCAAUAGAUUUAUACAGCGAUAUAUAAAGCUUCACUUGUCCGCUAGUAAACUCCGCUGCGCUUGUCAUCUGCCGUCGGAUGAUAUAAUGGGAUCUUUGGGUUUUUGAGAACUUCUAUUUUUUGGUCUUCUGGUGAGUCUGUUCUGGAUACGACCCAUUAAAACGUUUUUUUUUUUUGCCCCAUUUUUAUAAUUGAUGUUGUAACUGCCAGAAAUAAUACAGAGCUACGGAAAUGGCAAACCCGUUUGGAUGCAGAAUUGAUUCUCAGAUCCAGCACUAAUUUACUCUGAGGGUUUUUCCAACUGGCCCUGCCGCAUCUGACUGGCCCUGACGCUUUCUGACUGGCCUUGAUGCUUUCUGACUGGCCCUGACGCUUUCCGACUGGCCCUGACGCUUUCCGACUGGCCCUGACGCUUUCCGACUGGCCCUGACACGCUUUCCGACUGGCCCUGACGCUUUCCGACUGGCCCUGACGCUUUCCGACUGGCCCUGACGCUUUCCGACUGGCCCUGACGCUUUCCGACUGGCCCUGACGCUCUCCGACUGGCCCUGACGCUCUCCGACUGGCCCUGACGCUCUCCGACUGGCCCUGACGCUCUCCGACUGGCCCUGACGCUCUCUGACUGGCCCUGACGCUUUCUGACUGGCCCUGCAAUGUUAUAGAACUGGAACUGACUCACUGGGAAACAUGUUCCGACUGCCCACGCACAGCUCUAAAGCCGCAAUUCACUCUGAAUUCAGUGGGACAAAGUAACUUUUGUAUAUAUUUAAUGGAAUAGGAAAUCAUGUAGGACAUUAUUUACAAUGCAGGGACAAAACACAACUACCAGACUGUGUAUUGUGAGCCUCUAGUUGUUGGCUGGUGGGAUGCGGGGAGUUGUAGUUCAGUGACAUCACAUAACUGGUACUUACAGUGGAGUGGUGGAAGAAUAGGGUUGAGAUGUUUAUUGUUAUUUAAUGAAUGUAAUCUCUUUAAUUAGGUUGCUGGGGCUCAAUAUUAAUAAAGUAGGUAAGUCUGAGCCCCAUAAAUUCCAUAGUAGACGCCGGACUGAUGUUUGAGAAGGAGACAAAUUGCAGAAGGUGCAGCUUUGUACUGGGGGGAUCAUCACUUACUGUACAGCUGUACUUACUGUGGAUUCCUCCUUGGGAAUCUCAUUAAUAAAAUGUAAAACUGA